AUGGCGACGGCCGCGGCGGGCGCGGGCGAACUACAAGUCCCAGCAGCUCCCGCUGCGGCCCUCGGCCGGCCCCUCUCGCUCCCCGGGAGCGCCUGGAGGAGGCCAGGAUGGAGAAGGGGGCGGAGCCGUGGAGAUGGGCACUGGAGACCCCUGGUGCUGGCGCCCGUGACUUGCAUCCAGAACCUGCCCCGGAAGCAGCGGGCACUUCCACGCCUGGGAUGCGGCGGCGCUCGGUCCUGGUCAGGAACCCAGGCCACAGGGGCCUGAGGCGAGUCCGUGAAGAGCUGGAUUCUGACACCGAAGACCCGGGCCCCCACCGGCAAGAUCUGGACCCAGUUUCUGCAGAGCCAGGGCCUGAUGCUGACGACCUCAACACUGUCUCCGGAGCCCUGGAGCCCACCACCGAGGGCCUGGACCCGGAUAUCCAAGCUCCAGGCUCCACGCUGGGGGACCGUGACUCGGGUCCCCAAGAUCUCGACCCCAUGUCUUCAAGUUUCGACCUGGAUCCGGAUGUCAUUGGCCCUGUCCCCCUCGUCCUCGACCCUGACCAUGACACCCUCAGCCCCGACGCGUCCGAUGUGGACCCCCUGGCUUCCAGCCUCUCCGACAGCCCCCAGGUCCUGGCCACCAGCCCCGCCGUGCUCCCCGCCCCCGCCAGCCCGCCCCGGCCCUUCUCCUGCCCCGACUGCGGGCGAGCCUUCCGCCGCAGCUCGGGGCUGAGCCAGCACCGCCGCACCCAUAGCGGGGAGAAGCCGUACCGCUGCCCCGACUGCGGCAAGUCUUUCAGCCACGGCGCCACGCUGGCGCAGCAUCGCGGUAUCCACACCGGCGCGCGGCCGUACCAGUGCGCGGCCUGCGGCAAAGCCUUCGGCUGGCGCUCCACGCUGCUGAAGCACCGCAGCAGCCACAGCGGGGAGAAGCCGCACCACUGCCCUGUGUGCGGCAAGGCCUUCGGCCACGGCUCGCUGCUGGCGCAGCACCUGCGCACGCACGGCGGCCCGCGGCCCCACAAGUGCCCUGUUUGCGCCAAGGGCUUCGGGCAGGGCUCGGCGUUGCUGAAGCACCUGCGCACGCACACGGGCGAGCGCCCCUACCCGUGCCCGCAGUGCGGCAAGGCGUUCGGCCAGAGCUCGGCGCUGCUGCAGCACCAGCGCACGCACACGGCCGAGCGCCCCUACCGCUGCCCGCACUGCGGCAAGGCGUUCGGCCAGAGCUCCAACCUGCAGCACCACCUGCGCAUCCACACGGGCGAGCGGCCCUACGCCUGCCCGCACUGCUCCAAGGCCUUUGGGCAGAGCUCGGCGCUGCUGCAGCACCUCCACGUGCACUCCGGCGAGCGCCCCUACCGCUGCCAGCUCUGUGGCAAGGCGUUCGGCCAAGCCUCCAGCCUCACCAAGCACAAGCGGGUGCACGAAGGCGCUGCUGCAGCUGCCGCCGCCGCCGCUGCCGCUGCUGCCGCAGGCCUGAACCUGGGGCCUGGCCUGAGCCGGGCGUCCGGGACCAGGCCGGGGCAGGUCUCCCUCCUGGGUCCCGAAGCCGUCUCUGUGCUCAGCUCCAGCCUGGGUUCCAGCUCCAGCCUUGACCCUGAUCUGGGCGCUGACCACAACCCCAGCUCGGAAGCCCUCCCUGGCUCCAGAUCCACUCCCAGCCCUGAGCCUGUGGAAUUGUCUGACCCCAAGCCUGGCCCAGAUGCUGAGCCUGACCUGGUGCCCAGCCCUGACCCUAAAUCUGAUCCUGGUCCUGUGCCCAGCCCUGACCCCUGCUCUCCCACCCAUGACACUGUCAGCCCAGCCCUCCCUUCUGGCGAGAGUCCUGAGUGGGUACAGGAGCAAGGGGCACUGCUGGGGCCUGAUGGCUGAGGGGGGCGCCAGCAUCCGCCGGGGGCCUGGGGAGGUCAUGUGUUGUGCAGUUAGUAAAACCCUCCCACCGCC